AAAUAAUAAAUAUAUUUUGAAUAAUAUUUCUUCAUUUGAAAUGUCUGAUCAUCGAAAGAGAUACAGAGAUCAUGAUAGCGAAGUUUCAGGAUCUCGUGAACGAAAGCGAACUCGAGUUGGUCCUUUAGAUGUUGAAGAUCGUUUAGAAUCACUUAUUACUCGUGUUGGAGAAAAGAGUACAUCAUCUUUGGAAAGUAACUUAGAAGGUCUAGCUAAUGUAUUAAUAGCUGAUAUUGCAAAUUACAAACAAAGGAUUUUGCAAAUUCUUUGCACAUGUGUUACAAAUUUACCAGAGAAAGGAACUAUAUAUGCAACAUUAGUUGGAUUGCUCAAUGAAAAAAGUUUUGACUUUGGAGGAGAGUUUCUUGAAUUAACAAUGUGUAAUUUAAAAGAAGUUAUUUUCAGUGAACAAUGGGAUCGAGCUCGUCUUAUGGUGCGGUUUUUAUCUGACUUGAUAAACUGCAAUUUUUUGGUUGCAGCAUCGUUAAUAAGUUUUCUUGAAACUUUGAUGAAUGCUGCUUUACAAAUAGGAGUGCCUCAGGUUCGAUCGGAUUGGUUUGUGUAUAGUAUUCUGUCAUCUUUACCAUGGUGUGGGAAAGAGCUUUCAACUAAAAAGCCUAAUGAAUUUGGACGAUUACUUGAAUCAAUAGAGGUUUUUAUAAGUAAACGCAACAAACUUCAUAGUAAAGCACUUCGAGUUUGGUCGUCUGAUAAUCCUCACCCUCAGGAAGAAUAUUUAGAUUGUUUAUGGGAGCAAAUAAAAACUAUGAAGGAUGAUGACUGGCAGGAAAAACACAUUAGAAGACCAUAUCAAGCUUUUCAUAGUGUACUAUGUAAAGCUCUUCCUCAUCCAAUACCAUUGUUUGAUGUUCCUCCCCACACUGAAAUAAGCAUAUAUCCUUUACCAAGUGUUAUCUUCAGAAUGUUUGACUAUGCUGAUGCACCUGAGGAAAAACCGAUUCCUGGUGCUCAUGCAAUAGAGCGGUAUUUGGUGGAAGAAAGUAUCUGGCGUAUUAUUUGUACACAUUAUAAGGAUAGAAAGGAAUGUGCAAAUCAGUUAAUAAAUUGUCCUGUACGAAAUAAAGUUCCAAUUGAAUAUAUAAUCACAGAGGUUGUAUUUGGCGCCAUGUUUCGAUUACCUGAAAAUGAGCAUCUAUUUUUAUUUUAUGGUUCACUUAUAAUUGAACUUUGUAAAAUAAAUCCACAAACAAUGCCUGGAGUUAUUGCGCAAGCUGUUGAAUUGUUAUUUGACAGAUUGCCCACCAUGAAUGUAACAUGUGUUGAUCGAUUUAUUGACUGGUUUUCAUAUCAUCUGAGUAACUUUCAAUAUAAAUGGACGUGGGAUGAUUGGAUUCAAUAUGCUGAUAGCAGUGCAAGUGAUGACCAACGUUGUAGGUUUAUUAUCGAAGUGCUUGCAAAAUGUCAAAGGAGUACAUUUCAUGAAAAUUUAUUAGAAAUUCUUCCUAAUUCACUUUUACCAUUACUUCCUGAACCUACGCAAGGUUACUUUAGAUACGAAUGCGCUGAAGCAGAUGAGCCUGGUCACACAACAGUUCGCAAAUUGAUUGAUGGAAUUAAAUCUAAAAAAGACACUCAAUCUUUGCUUACAACAUUAUAUGAAAUUGGUCCUUCAGAAAAGUCUUUUUAUGAAAAUGAUGAUCUUGUUGGUCCAUAUAUUGAUCCAAGCAUAUCAGCACUUCGCAUUGAGUGUUUUAUCUUGACUAUAUUACGAGCUGGAUUAAAAAGCAUAAGUCACACAUACAGUGCAUUAACCAAGUUUCAACCAAUGUUUACAGAACUUAUUACAAACAAGUCAGAACAAUUACAUGUCCUAAGAACUGUCAGAGAAUUUUGGGGAAGAAAUCCAUUAAUGGUUCUUAUUGUCAUUGAUAAAAUGGUAAAACUUCAAUAUAUUCAGUGCAGCACAGUUAUUAAUUGGAUUUUUUCAAAAGAAAUGGAAAAUGAAUUCAUGAGAUAUACAACCUGGGAGCUGAUACACAAUACUUUAAAAAAAAUGAUGAAACAUAAAUCAAAGGUAAAAAAAGAUCUAGAAGAUGCACAUGAACGUUUGGAUGUACUAAUUGAUAAAGCUAAACGAGAGGAGCAAAAGCAUGGAGAAUCCGAGGAUGAUGAAGCAUAUAAUACUUCUCCUUUGGAAAUAGAACGUCGACAGGAAGAAAUCGAAGAAUUAACACAAAAAGUUGAGACUGCUAAGAAAGAUCAGAAAGAGCUAUUUUUAAUAGUUUUUCAACGGUUUACAAUGAUCAUCACAGAACAUGUCGCUGAAUGUGAGCGAGAAGGCAGGAAAAUUGUGAAUUCUUGGUAUAGGUAUACUUUACAAAGAUUGCAAGAAAUAUUUCUCAUGUAUCAUGCUGAAAUCGAUCAAUACUCAGAUAAAAUGGAGAAAUUAAUUUUUACGCCAGACAUCGCUCCUCACAUUCUUGAAGUAUUUAGGCGUUACAAGUCUCUACGUUCUUGAAUUAUUUAUUGACUGUACACCAGUGGAGUCAGAGAAUAAAAAAUGGAUUUUAGCUUCAAUAAAAAGCAAUGAAAUUGACUUAGCUUUUUAAAGAAGUAUCUGCAGAAAGAAAAGAUCUGUAACUAAUAGUAAAAUGUAUAUGAAUAAAUCUCAUCGAUAAA